UUUUGUUUGUGAUUUCUUUGGCAGGUACUUGGACCCAAAAUGAUGGAAAACAGAAAACCUUUUGAAUUGCGCAAAGUCUUAAUCGUUUACAAUUUUGCGCAGGUACUCUUCAGCGCAUGGCUAUUCUAUGAGUCCUGCAUUGGUGGUUGGUUGAAUGGCUAUAAUAUCAGAUGUGAACCUGUGGACUAUUCAUAUUCCCCAGGAGCGUUGAGGGUGGCACGAGGCUGUUGGUGGUACUACAUCUCGAAAUUCACAGAAUUUUUCGACACUUUCUUCUUUGUGAUGCGCAAGCGCUACGAUCAAGUGUCGACGCUGCAUGUUAUCCAUCACGGCAUUAUGCCCUGCUCUGUUUGGUGGGGUGUGAAAUUCACACCCGGCGGCCAUUCGUCGUUCUUCGGCUUCCUCAACACCUUUGUACACAUAAUUAUGUACACCUACUACAUGUUGGCUGCCAUGGGACCCAAAGUACAAAAGUAUUUGUGGUGGAAGAAAUAUCUUACUGUCUUGCAGAUGAUUCAGUUUGUGUUAGUCAUGGUGCACUCAUUCCAGUUAUUCUUCAGAAACGAUUGUAACUAUCCAAUUGGUUUUGCUUACUUUAUUGGUGCGCACGCGGCCAUGUUCUAUUUCCUAUUCUCCGACUUUUACAAACAGGCGUACCUCAAGCGUGAGCAGAAGGUGAGCUUAUAUGAAAGAUAAAAAAAAAUUAACAUAAUUACAUAC